UAUCAUUUUAUAUAGUAAAUUUUAUUGUGAUAUCGUUAAAAAGGAUAAAAUGUUCAAAAAACUAAAGGAUAAAAUCGCUGAAGAGGUGAAAUCGUCGCCGCAAAGGAUACAACAGAUUGCACAGGCCGUUGUCAGUUCUGCAUCGAGCACCACUUCAGAAGUUUCAGGAACCGAUACAUUUUUUAGCAUAGCAGAAGAAGACACUCCUCAAAAUUCUCCCCAGCACAUCACAAACAGCAACAGCACAAACAGUCUUUCAUCCCUCACGAGUUCUGUUACCAGUACAAAAACACCUACUCUAAAUGUAUCGAAUAGUGAAACCACAACAAACGAUAGAUUGAACAAUUCCAACAAUUAUAACGACCAGACUAGUAAUCGAAACAGGAAAGUAUCCACCGGUUCAGUUGGGAGUGAUGUGUCAUUCAGAUUACCCAGUUAUGACUCCCCUGCUGUAUACCACCUACAGUCCGAUCUGGACAUGUCAGCAAGUGAAGUCGAGUCUCCAUCAAGUAUCAUUUUGGAUAGGGUUAGUAAAGAACAGUUGCACCAGGCUUAUCGUCGAGCCCUGGAUAAUCACCAGAAAUACAGAAGGCGAUAUGCUGACUUAGCAAAGAAAUAUGGAGAGUUGGAAAGGGAAAACUCUAAAGCUCGGUCAGUGCUAGUCGAGACCCAAGAUAAGGCCCUACGUAGGAUAUCUGAGCUUCGAGAACAGUGCUCGUUAGAACAACAAGCAAAGGCUCAUUUAGAAGCUGCCUUAAGAAUGGAACUCGAUGAUAAAGACUGUCUCAUACAAAGUCUUAAAACAAAAUUGGAAUCAGAAUUCGAAGACUCCCUGAUGAGUAUUUCCAACAAAAGUAUAGAAGACAGCAACCAACAAUCCAAUAUGCUGAUAGAUCUGAACUCACCCAACGUAUCAGACAGUGUUGACUCUCUAGAUCAAUCCGAGAACAUCCAAAAACUGGAAAACGAUUUAACCAAGUACAAACAAGAUUUAGAAAAACAACUGGAAAUGAACCAGAAUCUCGAAGACAAAGUACAGAAGUUGUCCGCAGAUUUGACACGUUAUGAGAGUCAAUUUGGGGAAUACAAAAUCAAUUUCGAUGCCAAAGUCAUUGAGGCUGAUCAUUACAAAGGAGUCGUUAAAGAGUUGGAGGCAAAAUUAUUGCAGAAGUCAUCGGAUUAUGAUAAGUUGAAGGCUAGUGAGGAAGAAAAUGCUUUAUCAAUAGCUGAAAGUAAGCAAAAUAUGCACAAGGAAUUGGAGAACCGAGAAAAAGAUGUCAAGUUGUUGACAAAGAAGUUGCAAGACUUGGAAAAGUGCACCCAGGACUAUUUGACUUUAACCGAUAAAGUGAAGAGUUUAGAAAAUACUUUGAGUAAAGAAAGUGCGGAAUGGGAAGGUAAAUUAAAAGUGGCUUUGAAUGAUAAAAAAGACUUAGAAGGACGCUUGAAAAUUUUGCAAAGUGAUGUUAAAAAAUUAGAUGAUGAGAAGUCUGAACUGACAAAGUCUUGUAAGUUGAAAGAUGAUAAAAUAGCAGAUUGUUUAAAAGAAAUUGAUAGUUUAAAAACUGCUAAAACAACCACUGACCAACAACUAACCAAAAAUUCUAAAGACCUUAACGAGCUGUCUAACAAAAUCUCAUCCUUGGACUGGAGCAUCAAACAACUAGAAAGCGAACGAAUAGCCUUGAUACAAAAAUGCGACCUGCUUGUUAAAGAAAAUGAAAUACUUACGGACACCAAAGAAAAAUUAAAACACGUCUCCGACACGUUGCUUUUGGAAAAACAACAAAUACACCAAGAACUCAUGAUUGCUCAGCAAUGUCUACAAGAAGCCAACAUAGAUGCACAAAGUAUGAAGAAAGAAAUUGAUGCUUUAAAAAGUGGCCAAGAAACUACACGAUGUGUUACCGAAGGUAAAGUCCAAAACGAGUUAAAAAGUGUCCGUGACAAGUUACUGGAAGCUGAAAAAGCUUGCCAGAACUUGCAGCAGGACUGCUCGCUGCUCCAGACCGAAAAAGCAAACACUCAGUUUGAAUUAUCAAAUUUACGAACUACUUUACUGGUUCUCAAGCAUGUUUUGGACAAUCCUCAAGAGACAAUCGAUAAAGACAAGUUUGUCCACGACAAUCAAGGUCCGGUCAGUGUUAACGAUCUACAAAAUCGCGCCAUCAAAAUUUUACACGAAACAAAACAAAAGUUGUCAGAAUUCAUCCAAAAUGACACAAAGUUGACAAAACUGAACGAAAAUUUGCAAAAGCGUCUGGAAAAACUUGAAAGUGAUGAUGUGAAGAAGUUGCAAGAAAAGGAUAGUGAAGUUUUGGACAAUGUGAAAAAGUUUGAAAGUUUACAAGCCAAGUAUGAUGAAGUUUUGGAUAAGUGGGAAAAAAGUGAAAAGGCGACCAGUGAAGCGAAUUUUACUUUGCACAAAACCGUGGAAGACUUAGAACGACUAAAAGACGUGGAGAGGAAGUUUUUGGAGACUGAACGCGAAUUUGUUGACUUGCAACAAAAAUAUGAUGAUGUUUUGGUUAAAUUUAAUGCCAAUGAAGAGUUGUUGAAGCAAACCAGGGAAGAGUUAACAAGUUUAGAGAAAAGUUUGCAGAAAGAUGAUGAUCUUAGUAAACUACAAACAGUGCACAAGGAUUGCUUAGAACAACUAAAACAAAACCAUGGCGUUUCGGAGGAAACAAAUACGAAACUACAAAAUGCUUUAGAAAAUUCACUUAAAUUAGAAAAAAAUUUGGAAAACCUACAAAAAAUUUUACAGGAACGCGAGUCAAAAUUAACACAAGUUUCAAAUCAAGCGCAGGAAUGCCAUAAAAAUCUCGAAAAAUCAAAUAAAAAACUGCAAAACUCUUCUAUCGAAAUCGAAAAGUUAAAAACCAACCUGGACUUAUCACUUGCCAAACUCACAACCACUCAAGAAGAAUUGGCCAAGGUGAACCAGGAAUUAGAUAGUUACAAAAGUGAUCUGAAAACUCUCAGUGACAGUUCCGAGGAAGUCAGUAGUGAAAGCAGGAAGUUGCAGGAGGAGUUGGCAGCGAGCAAGAAGAAGUUGGAGGAAGUUGAAGGAGUUUUGAGGAAGAGCGAAGAUUCCAGGUCGAAGGAAGUCGAGUCGUGGAAGUUGAAAAAUGAAGAAUUGAGCGAGAAGUUGCAGAAGUACACUAGGGACUUUUGCGAGCUGGCGGGUUUAGAUCCUGCCUCGACUUCUUCCCAAAACAGCGAUCAAGUUUUACAAGAGUUGCGUGCCAAAUUGGCUGAUUUGGAGACCAGGUGCCAAAGUCUUGACGAAAUGAAAUCCGAAAAUGAAACCUUGAAGAGCAAUUUGGAGAAGGUGCAAAAUGAAAAAGACGAAGCCAGCAAGGAAUUUACUACCACUAUCCAGAAUCUGGAGCGUGAAGUCACGAAAUUGAAAGAUGACAAGGUGUACUUGAAUAAAACUCUUACAGACAUGGAGGAAAAAAAUGCUGGCAAACAGGAGGAACUAGAAAGGUUGCGAGAAGAUAUCCAAUCUUUGCAAGCGUCCGUUCAAGAUCAGAUAGACCUACAGAAUAGUUUAAGUGACUUGGAAUCUGCAAAAAGUGUCCAAAAAGAUGAGCUGUAUCAACAACUAUCAGCCGAGAACUGCCAACUCCAAUCAAAACUUCAAGAAGUCUCAUCGAUAACAAAUAUGCUUGAAAACUUAAAACAAGAGAACAUAGAACUCACAGAAAAACUGAAAUCUUUAGAAGAAAAAUACGAAAACACUGAACGCUCUGUAGAAUCCAAAAUAUCAAAUUUAAACCAAGAAAUAGAUUUACACAUCGAGAGGAUAAAGUACUUAGAAGAAAAAUGUAAAGAUUACGAUUCUAUCAAAAAGAUUAACGUAGAAUUAAACAAGGAAACACAGGAGUUGACGAGGAAGAUCAGCGAGUUGGAUGUAUCUCAAAAUGCUUCUGGAGGAGAAAAGAAUCAGAAUCAAAAUACUGAAGUCGAGGUUAAGUUGGCACAAAUUAUGAAAGAAGUUGAUGAGGUUUCAAAUAAAAACCUGUUUUAGAACAGAGGUGUAGUAACAUGAGUUUAUUGGAACAAACAAACGAGAAAUUGAGGCUUGCAAAUGAGAAGCUGACGAGGCAACUAGAUGACACUCUAGUCACGAGAAGACAUUCCGAAGGCAUCACACAACUAACAGAGUUCGAGUACCUUAAAAAUAUUCUGUACCAAUAUUUAU